AGAAAAUUCGAAGUACAGUGGCCCAGACAGACUGACUUCCUCCACAACCCUAUUGGCGUUUAUAUAUACGAAGCCAGAGGUACUACGAUAUUACAAAUGCCCCUCUCUCUCUCUCUCUCUCUCUCUCUCUCAUGAGAAUUGAAUUCAAAGUUUUUGGCUUAUCUCGGAUUAUUGGCUUUUGAAGCAUACAGAAGAGGGAGCAUAUCAGAAUCAUGGGGAAGUAUAUUCGCAAGGCCAAAACUACAGGCGAGGUUGCCGUCAUGGAGGUCUCCCAGUCCUCCCUCGGGGUCCGCACACGCGCCAGAACCCUAGCCCUCCUGGAGUCCCCUGCCACUCCUUCUCCCACUACCGAUACCGGCUCCGUCUCCUACCUCCAGCUCCGGAGCCGCCGUCUCCAGAAGCCUCCAAUCGUUCUUUCUGGCCACGGCUCUGUACCCAAGCGCCACAAACAGGGACCCAACUAUAUAGAAAGCUGCGCGCAGCAGCAAAAUAAAAUCCCGGAUAUGGAUAAUUCUAUCCCCAAAUCAAACCCUAGGUCGGGGUCGAGGCUUAGAGCGGCCUCUGCCUCCGAUGGGCCAGUCUCCCCUGGGCCCUUGGAAGAGGAGGAGGCGAAGAAGGUUGUGGGUGGUGCUAAAGAAGAAGGCCUUCAAGGAAAGAAGAAAAAGAGUAGCAAGAACAACAAUGGUGACUUGGGACUUGAGGAAGCUUCGUUUGGGGAGAAUGUUUUGGAGUUCGAAGGUAGAGAGAGGAGUACUCGGGAAUCCACUCCCUGCAGUUUGAUUAGGGAUCCAGACACCAUAAGAACUCCUUGUUCUACCACCAGGCCUUCCGGCCCAACUAAGACUAACGGCAGAACCCAGAACAUAACUGUGAGGCACAUCCCAACAACGCAAGAAAUGGACGAUUUUUUUGCUGCUUCUGUGGAAGAGCAGCGAAGACAAUUCAUCGAGAAGUACAACUUUGAUCCUGUCAACGAUAAGCCGCUUCCAGGGAGAUAUGAAUGGGUGAAAUUAGACCUGUAGAUUACAUUAACGUUCCAUCAGGACUUCUUUUCCUGCAUAUUCUCUGUUGAUCUUGAGCUUUUAGGAUUUUUGAGGUAGCAGGAAUUAGAGUUUUACUCGGAAUUGUGAUGUUCUUAUUUCCAUCUUCCAUCACUCUUAAUUCACUUGUAAAGAAAGAAGUAGGACUGUUAGACUAAUGGUCCUUAACAUAACAGAGGUUAUGUCUAGUGAGAGUUAACACAGCAAAUAUCCAACAGAUCAUCUGAGGGGAAAAGGGAAAGAGGGUUGGUUGGUUGUAUUUGUGGUGUGUGAGGUUAGGGUUCAGCCAACUAGGUCAAGUCUAUUUGCCAUUUGGUACAGAAAUUUACUGAGAUUUUCUUCUUCUUUUUUAUUUUUUUAUUAUUUUCGUACUGUAUUUCCUUCCCCUUUGUUAAUACUUGUACUGAUGGAACUUUGAAAAGCUUUAUGGAAUAAAGAUGACGCGUUUCACCCCCCCUCUGCAUAUUUUGCUUUU